CAAAUGUGGUGAGGGGCGACGCGAUUUUUUCCCCUUCAAGCGUAGGGUCAAGAUACUGCGUACUUAGGUGAUGAGUCAGAGUCGACGAUCGCGAUAAAUUCCUCUCUCUCCUGUCAAUUACACGCCUCAAUCGUACAAGAGCCCACCCGUACCGUCACGGACGCAAUGGAGACAACCCUCCCCCUCCCGUUUUUGGUCAGCGUCGCUGCUCCCCCUGGUUUGGAUGGAGAUGUGCAAGGUCUUAAAAGAGAAGAGGUCUCAUGUUUGGGUGUGGUGUUUUUCGACGUGAACCCGAAGAACUUCGAGAAGUUGCUUCGAUUCUUGAAUAAGCACAACUCCGAGUUCCAGCCAUACUUCGACGUCACCCGGCUCGAGUCCCAAGACGAUGUCCUCUCGCUACUCGACAGCGGCGCUCGCAAAGUGUUUGUAAACCCGGAACGCCUCGCAGACUAUGCCCAAUUCGGCUCCCGGGUUGCCCCCGUCGUGGCCGGCAGCAGUGCUGCCCAGCUGGAUUCAGCUACUGCGCAUGGAUUGCUCAUCACCGACUUCGACCCGACCAAGUGCGAUGUUGCAAAGUUGAUCGACGAGAGAAAGACAAAGAAGAUAUCGCCCCUUUUUAUCAAGCCUGUUUCAGGCACGAAUCUGGAGCACUUCCUGGACAUUGCGACCCAGCUGUCUGCAAUUCCGAUCCUCCCGUCGACUGGAUUGACCACAGACCCGACUGAUACCGGAAAGCUUCCAGUAUCCAAGAUCCUUGCCUCGUCUUGGACCUCUGAUAGAGCAGACGGGUUGGUGCCUACCGUUGUCUGUGACGAGGGAGGCAUUGCUCUCGGCCUAGUCUACAGUAGUGAAGAGAGUGUGGCGGCGGCGUUGAAAACCCAGACUGGCGUCUAUCAAAGUCGGAAGCGCGGACUUUGGUAUAAGGGCGCCACCUCGGGUGACACGCAGGAGCUCGUCAGGAUAUCCCUGGAUUGUGACAAUGACGCAUUGAAGUUUGUCGUGAGGCAGAAGGGCAGGUUCUGUCACCUGGAGCAACCUGGCUGCUUCGGUCAAGUCCAAGGCAUCCCUCGUCUCGAGCAGACGUUACGAUCCCGAAAAGAGUCUGCACCGGCGGGCUCGUAUACAGCCCGGUUGUUCUCGGAUGAGAAGCUUCUUCGUGCCAAGAUCAUGGAAGAGGCAGAGGAGCUCUGCGACGCAAAGACACCCCAAGAAGUGGCGUUUGAGGCUGCCGACUUGAUAUACUUUGCCUUGACAAGGGCAAUAGGUGCCAAUGUCUCGCUCGCAGAUAUCGAGAAAAACCUCGAUGCCAAGGCCUGGAAAGUCAAGCGGAGGCAAGGGGAUGCGAAAGGGAAAUGGGCUGAGAAAGAGGGCAUCAAAACAACUGCACCUGCGCCAGCGGAACAAAGCACGAAUGGUACUGUCGCAAAUCAUCCUGCCACGAAAGUCGCCCAGGAUGCUACUCCUGAGAAGAUUACGAUGACCCGAUACGACCUAAGCAAAGUGGCUCCAGGCGAGCUGGAUAACGCGCUCAAACGGCCAUCCCAGAAAUCUUCGGAAGCAAUCAUGAAAAUCAUCAUCCCGAUUAUCAACGAGGUCCGCAAGAACGGCGAUAGCGCGGUUCUGUCCUACACUCACAAGUUUGAGAAGGCAACCUCGUUGACAUCGCCUGUAAUCAAGGCACCGUUCCCCAAGUCAUUGAUGCAGCUCCCCCCUGAAACCAUCAAGGCGAUUGAUGUUUCGUUUGAGAACAUUCGCAAGUUCCACGCGGCCCAGAAAGAGGAAAAGCCCCUCAAAGUCGAAACCAUGCCAGGGGUCGUGUGUAGUCGCUUCUCCAGGCCCAUCGAGGCCGUGGGUUUGUACGUUCCAGGAGGUACAGCUGUACUACCAAGCACGGCUCUGAUGUUGGGGGUGCCGGCCAUGGUAGCUGGGUGCAAGAAGAUUGUCAUUGCAUCGCCUCCUCGAGCGGAUGGUAGCAUAACGCCGGAGAUCGUCUAUGUGGCCCACAAGGUCGGCGCCGAGAGCAUCGUCCUGGCCGGCGGCGCGCAGGCGGUCGCGGCCAUGGCAUACGGAACUGAGAGUGUCACCAAAGUUGACAAGAUUCUUGGACCGGGAAAUCAAUUCGUUACGGCAGCAAAGAUGUACGUCAGCAACGAUACCAAUGCGGGCGUGGGUAUCGACAUGCCGGCAGGGCCAUCCGAGGUUCUCGUUAUUGCCGAUAAAGACGCCAAUCCAGCUUUCGUCGCCUCGGAUUUGCUCUCUCAGGCUGAGCACGGCGUUGACAGCCAGGUCGUACUCCUUGCCGUUGAUCUGUCCGAGCAACAUUUACAAGCUAUCGAGGACGAACUACACGGCCAGGCGAUGGAAUUGCCCAGAGUAGAGAUCGUCCGUGGAGCAAUCGCCCACUCUAUCACCGUCUCAGUCAAGACCGUCGACGAGGCAAUGGAAAUAAGCAAUCGGUAUGCGCCCGAGCAUCUCAUCCUACAGAUCAAAGAUGCAGAGAACGUUGUCGACAAGGUCAUGAAUGCCGGCAGUGUAUUCAUCGGCGAGUGGACGCCGGAGAGUGUCGGCGACUAUUCAGCGGGAGUCAACCACUCUCUUCCUACAUACGGGUAUGCCAAACAAUACUCGGGCGUCAACCUGGCAUCUUUCGUCAAGCACAUCACGAGCUCGAAUCUGACAGCCGAAGGGUUACGGAACGUUGGAGAGGCGGUGAUGCAGCUCGCGAAGGUCGAGGAGCUGGAGGCCCACAGGAGGGCUGUGAGCAUUCGCAUCGACCAUAUGAACCGUUCUUGAGGGGGCUUGGAAUUCGGUAGAUGAUAGAAGCUAAAAGUUUGCGUAUCGAUCAAAAAGAGGAGUCUUCGUUGUUCGGCUCCAGCUGCCUUCUCGCGUUAGAGGGUUUGGGAGCGUUAUUGUCAGCCAUGCUGACAUGGACCAUAUCUUCCAAGAAAGGUACCCACUAAAGCUAGCACAGCACUCGUAUGUCCCUGCCUCCAGCUGAAAUGGAUUAUAAUGCAUUUCCGUUGUGGAACCAA